GUUUAGAUCCGUCUGAAUUCGUCAGGUCAGAGGUCAAUGUGCGCGCGUCCUCAAACAGAACCUCUGUCGAUUCGGAGACAAAAAUAUUAAGUCAUGUUCACCUGUUUGUUUGGAAAUAGUUGAUAUAAGGACUUCGGUGAUCCUUACCUUAUCUCAUUGUUAUCCUCUGCUCUUGUUGUUUCGCCUGGCUCGCCCCGUUAGCCACUUUAGCUGGCUAAUGAGGGAAUCGCCGGCUAACAGUUUCGACAUUAAGCUAUCUUAGCUUAAGUUAACCGAACAAGUCUUUGCUUUGAAAGCUACCAACUCAAGGCAAACAUGCAGGAGCUACUAGCAAACGUGGAUCACAUCAAGUUCGACCUGGAGAUCGCUGUGGAGCAGCAGCUGGGAGCGCAGCCUUUGCCGUUUCCCGGCAUGGACAAGUCCGGCUCAGCUGUGUGCGAGUUCUUCAUGAAGGGAACGUGUAUGAAAGGUGGAAUGUGUCCGUUCCGUCACAUCAGCGGGGAGAAGACGGUGGUGUGUAAGCACUGGCUCAGAGGGCUCUGUAAGAAGGGAGACCAGUGCGAGUUUCUGCACGAAUACGACAUGACCAAGAUGCCUGAAUGCUAUUUCUACUCAAAGUUUGGUGAGUGCAGCAACAAGGAAUGUCCCUUCCUGCACAUCGAUCCAGAGUCUAAGAUCAAAGACUGUCCUUGGUACGACAGAGGCUUCUGCAAACACGGUCCUGACUGCAGACACAGACACACCAGAAGAGUGAUCUGUGUGAAUUAUCUGGUGGGCUUCUGUCCAGAAGGCAAAUCCUGUAAAUUUAUGCACCCGCGGUUUGAGUUGCCUAUGGGAACAUCUGAACAGCCCCCUCUACCACAGCAAAUACAAAACCAGGGAAAGACUGCAGCUUCCAGCGGACGCUCGUCUCUUUCUCUCAUCCAGCUGACCAACUCAAGUCCAGGCCAACGCCAGCAGAACAACACAAACAUCAUUUCUCAUCAAAACAACAUGAAUGCCAACAGAGGACCCCGACCUCUCGACCAGGUCACCUGUUACAAGUGCGGUGAGAAGGGCCACUACGCCAACAAAUGUACCAAAGGCCACCUUGCCUUCCUGAGUGGACAGUAAUUUGGGCUGCAGUGUGCUGCCUCAGGAGAUGGAAGGACGCCCUCGUCCUCACGGUGAACAGACUUCAAACUUUCUCCUGUGGGAAUUCACACAGACGAAACCUGAUUUUUGCAGGAUGUGGACGAUAGAAAAGGUUUCAGUUCGAAGUCUGGACUCAAAGAUGUGCGCUUUAAAACGAUAGUUCCAGUUCCCAGCCUCUUUAAAGGUGCCAUUGCGAUUUUUUUUCUGGUAGGAUUCUCGUCAGUGCUUCACUGAAGUGCUACUGUCUGUAAUUUCCUAAUAAAUCUGAGUGAUGACCCAUAGUGGGGAUGUCAACACAA